AUGGCUGCCGCUCCUUCCCUUUCUGCUCUUGCUGCCCUUGGCAGCGCCCGCAGCGCCGGUGCCGCUUCGGUCUUCUCCACCUUUGCAUAUAUACCCCGAGGGCGGAUCACUCUGCCUCCCGCUCUCGUGCCCGGCAAAUCCUCCAUCAUGCGCUUCCUGGCUCUCUGCGUCCUCGCUGUUCUGCUUGCAGCCUUUGUGGCCCAGGCCUCGGCCAGCCAGCGUGCCCACCACACCCACCCCCACCACCACCGGAGCAGCAAGUCCAAGACCACAACCCGACCCGCGCCCCACUCGUCUGCUCAUCGGCCCUCGCAUUCGCAGCGCUCUUCUACCCACACCACCGCCAUCCCCUCGCACUCCCGAUUGCCGCCGACCUCGUCCAUUGCUCGAUCAAGUGCCCAUCAAUCUUCUGCCACUUCUCAUGUGCCUCCCAGCUCCUCUGUCCAUCCAUCCAGCUCCUCUACCACCACCACCACUCACACUCCCUCCACCACUCACACUCCUUCCACCACCCACACUCCUUCCACUUCCACCACUUACACUCCCUCCACUUCCACUACCCAUACUCCUUCCACCACUCACACUUCCUCCACCAUUCACACAACGUCCAUCCGCACGACCACUACGACAUCGACCACUGCCGCUUCCCCCUCGCCUUCUGUCACUCCCAACAACGGCCCUCAGUGUGGCAACGGCGUUUGCGAGGCUGGCGAGCUUUGCAGCACCUGUCCGGGGGAUUGUGGUGCCUGCAACGGCCGGUUUGUCUUUGCUCACUACAUGGUGGCUUACACUGACAUUGCGCAGAACACCCAAGGCUACAUGGCUGAGAUCGACAUGGCCAAGAGCUACGGCAUCGACGCUUUUGCGUUGAACGUCGGCGCCCAGUGGUACCAGACCUACCAGUCUCUUGUCGACCAGUUCUUUGAUGCUGCCGAUGCCAAGGGCUUCAAGCUGUUCCUUUGCUUUGACAUGACCGCCAGCGGCUCCAACGGCCAGCCCAUCCCAUACACAGCCGCAACGAUCCCGCAGAUCCUUCGGCGCUAUGCCAACCGCCAAAGCCAGCUCUAUCUGCAUGGCCGCCAGGUCGUCAACACGUUUGGUGGACAAAACUUCAACUGGAACACCGUCAAGAGCGAUCACCCUAUCUACCUGAUGCCGGCCUUCUUCCUGGCCCCCAACGCCCUCAGUCAGACCGGCUUGGAUGCCUAUGUCUCAUGGAACUGCUGGCCCGUGGGCAGCAAGCCAUACUCCUGGAGCUCGAACGACGACCCUCAGUUCCAGUCAGCCAUGAGCCAGCUCGGCUCGACGCACGAAUACGUGGCCGGUAUCUCGCCUUGGUUCGCUACCUACCAGGCCCGCGAGCAAACCGUUCACGGCAACCACGGAUUCCUCUGGAUCAAUCGCUGGAGCGACAUCAUCACCCACAAUGCCAACCAUGCCUACAUCAUCACCUGGAACGACUUUUCCGAGUCGUCCUAUGUCACCACAUUCCCGCAGUCUCACGAAGCCAUCCAGUACGACCAGACCCAGUAUCCCCAUCAGCCCAUCCUGUCGCUUGGACGAUACUACAUCCAAGCCUUCAAGAAUAACGGCAAGUUCCCCAAGAUCGCGCGGGACGAAGUGUACUAUUGGUACCGCUUGCACCCCAAGAAUGCCAUCCCGGCUCAGACGCCCUAUCCCAAGCCCAGCGAGGCCAAUACUAUGGACGAUAACAUCUACGUUGUCACGAUGCUCACUGCCCCUGCCACCCUGACCAUUCGCACUGGUGCCAGGACGGUCAACGUGCAGGUCGGCCAGGGCCUCCAGACCACCGAGAUUCCCUUCUCGCUUGGAUACCAGAUCAUCACCGUCUCGCGCAACAACAACGUCGUCCUCACCAGCCAGGGCGACUUCCCGAUCACCAGCAGCCCGGCUCUCUACAACUUCAACUACUACAUCAACUAUGCCAACUGAGUCUUCCGUUCCCCCCUCCCUCUCUGUCCUAGAUCGUGGCUGGUCUCCCCGUAUCUGAGAGGGACCAGCCGCAUCUUUGCCCAUCAACGACAUGGUCAAAGACCCAUUCCCGUUCUGCUUGUCCUGUCCCUCAAAUAUGUCUUUCCGUUUGCACCCUCAUUGUGCUUCCUUCGACCCUAGAAAUAUCCUUCUUCCGUAUCUCCAACUAUGAUGUACCCGGCUCAGAUGUGGCGCCUCGCAGGCCCGAGCACAUCUGCACCUCGUCAGUAUAAACCCCAAUGAUCAAUACAGAAUCCGAUGCAGUGCCCUUCUCUGCCC